AUGUCGUCUGCCUCUUCGCCGACCUCGCCCGUCAUCCCCGGCGGCUUCGGCGGGAGACAAGGCAGCGGGGACCACUACCUAGAAAGGAACACUGCCUCGACGUCGUCGCAGAGCCAGGCGGCAGGAAAGCCGGACACAUGGGCAGCAGGCGCAGAAGAGCUUGCGGGCGACGUAGAGAAGAAGAACGAUCGAAGGCGCGAUGAUCGCAUCAAGUCUCGAUUUGUCGACACCUCGGGCUGGAAUUGGGAAGAGUCGCAGACGUCUGCACCCCACGACGGUCCAUCGUCGAUGCGCAUUCAUCCUAGUAUGCAACAGUCACAAUCGCAACAACAGCAACAGCAACAGCAGCAGCAGCAGCAGCCGCAGCCACAGAGAACAGCCAGCCUCGGGGCUGACCAGCGGACGAACGGGGAUGGCCCGCAGUCUGGCUCGAUGACUGAAUUCAGACGCCCGAGCUACCCGACACGGACGAGCUCGCGUCCUGACAUGGCACGAAUCGACACCAGUGGGCGCAUUUCGCCGGCUGGGAGCAGAUCGGGUGCGCCUUCGCCCAGUGGCCAGCUCCAGGCCGCGCCUGCCCUAGCCUCAUCCUCGGCCGCGACCUUUCCCGCCUCUUCCGAGCCCUUUGAUCGCCCGCCGCAGGAUCUUUCGCAGCAGCCACAGUCCCAAGCGCAGGCAGGGACUUCAAAGGAGGUGGGAACGAGCAAGAGUAAGCGGGACCAGCCGUGCGAUGCGUGCGGCAAGCCAAUGACGGGCCAAUUUGUGCGGGCCCUCGGCGUCGUCUACCACUUGGACUGCUUCCGGUGUCGCGACUGCAACAAGGUCGUCGCCGCCAAGUUCUUCCCCGCCACCGACGAAAUGAGCGUCUCCUCACCAGCGGGGAGCGGCAGCAACGAUGGCGAUCGAAGACAGCCCUCUCCGACGGGAAAGCUCUUUCCCCUGUGCGAGACGGAUUACUUCCGGAGACUGGAUCUCAUCUGCGCAAAGUGCGGCGGGGCAUUGCGGGGGAGCUACAUCACUGCUCUGGGAAAGAAAUUCCACGUCGAGCACUUUACCUGCUCCGUCUGCCCCGUCGUGUUUGGGCCCCAGGACAGUUACUACGAGCAUGACGGACGUGUCUUCUGCCACUUCCACUACUCGACUCGGUUCGCCAUCCGAUGCACAGGUUGCCAGACGGCCAUCCUCAAGCAGUUUGUCGAGAUCAACCGCAACAAUCAGGACGAGCAUUGGCACCCAGAGUGCUACAUGAUUCACAAGUUUUGGAACAUCAAACUAUGCCCCACAGGAUCAACGCCCCGCGAAAAUGUCGCAGCGGAGCCUACGACGGUGCCCUCCGCCCCGGAGCCGUCAAAUUCUGGUGUGGCGCCCGUCUCCAACGCAUCAGCCACAGACGCCCCGUCGGCCGAUGCACUUGAGACGGAAGCGAGCGAGACACCGUCUAGUCUCAAACACAAGCAGAGACAGAUGGAAGAGCAAGUCUACCGGAUCUGGACGGUCCUUUCGGCCUUUGAAGAGAGUUCGGCGGCGUGCAUCUCGGAGAUGCUGAGGCAUGUCAGCAGCGGACGGUACCUCGGCGGUGUCAGGAUGGCUGAGCGCUUCAUCCUGCACGUCGAGAUUCUCUUCUCUGCCAUUGACGAUCUCGAAAAGGAGUUCAGAAAAGAGCAGGCAAAGGGCAUCUCACACAUCCGUGAGGCCCGAAUGCUCUGCAAGAAGAUCGUCAACUUUUUCUCGCUCCUCUCCCACACGCAGGAGACUGGUGCGCAGCGGAUGGGCAUCACCCAAGAGCUUCUCUCCCUCGUCACUGGACUGGCCCACUACCUCAAGAUCCUCAUCCGCAUUGCGCUCACGGGCGCCCUCAAGCUCGAUCGCGAGUUUGACAACCACCAUGCCAUCGGCAACUUUCUCAGCAAGCUGGCCUCUUUGGCGCGCGAGGGGGUGUCGUCCAGCGACGACAAACCUGCCUCGAACCUCUCAUCGAGCUCGGGCGGCGAUCUAACCAAUGGCUCGAAGCCGGGUGAGCUACCGUACGGGUACUUGAGUCUGCCUCGAAGCACGAGCACCAGCCUUUCGGAGGGUGGCGAGGGCGCCACGGACCUGUGCGUGUCGUGCGGCCAGACGGUCGAGGAGGAUUGCGUGCGCAUGGGCAUCAACAUGCGAUGGCACAACACGUGUAUGCGGUGCAAGACAUGCCGAAGACCAGUCCAUCGGGACCCAAGCACUUCGUCGAGAUCCAAGCAACAGCAAGAAGCUGCAGAGGCUGCUUCUGACGCACCGCCAGCGCUACCUGCAAACCAAUUCUCUCUCGAGAUCAUCAGGAGGCCGGCUGAGCCUGGCUCGUCGACCAACGGAAGCGCGCGAUAUUAUGCCUCCUCAACCUACUCUCCCUAUUGCCCCGAGUGCUGCACCGCCAAUGCCAGGCCUGGCUUUGAGAAUGUCUCGCGACUGGAACAGUACGCUUUCCUCCUGCGGGUCGCUCUUAACAGACUCUAUGCGCUCCUCAAGAAGCGGGGCGUCGUACCCGCCUCGCCGCCGCCCAACGAAAGCAACGAUCUGCCGCUGGUGGCCGAGGCCGCCGAUUCGCAGACGAGCAACGAUGCCGCCCACGACUCCUACCGCGACUCGCAGGACAUUAAGCGGAUGAAGUCAGUCAACCUUGACCGGAAGCUGUCUACCAAGGCAAAGGUGCCCCACCUAUCGACGGUCGUCGGCAGCCCCUCUGGGCGGCAGACGACGGCCACAUCGGUGCAGAGAACGUCGCCCACAGAGAUGACAGGCGACUACGCCAGACCUGGCGGCUUGACUCGGAGCCCAUCGCCAAGGCAAGCCUCGCCUGUGGAUCAAGAGAGUGGCGAUCGUCUCUCGGCUGGAAGACCCAUUUCGCCGGGUGUCUCUCCCGGCCGCCACGGGUCCCGAGAGUUGUCUCCGACGCGGCAGGGACGAGGUCCACAGCGGUCACCGCCUCCGCCUCCGCCUCCGCCUCAUGCGCCCUACCAACAGCAGCAGCAAUACCAGCAGCAGCAGCAGCAACAGCCGUCCAUGUCGGGCACCCAGCAGGGCCCCAUCAUUCCCAUCCGCCCGGCCUUUGCGCGUCACAAUACAGACGUCCGCAUUCGCGACGAAGGCCCCGUUCGGCAGCCGUCUGGCGACGAGGCGCAGCGGACUCGGUCAAUGGAUCAUCAUCAGGACGACGGAUUGACACUGGCCGACAUUCCUCAGCUGCUCGAGGCUGAACAAGCUCGAGAGCAGCAUCGGUCGCUGCCCUCCGAGGGCGGAAGGAGCCUGUCGGAGCUGUCGGCGCUCGAACUCUUCAUCGUCAAGCACAUGGCCGUCAUGCUGCUCCAGCAGACUUCGCUCAAGGACAUGGUGCCAUUCGACGACCUGAUCGAGUUCAUCGAGAUGCGCAAAAACACCUUCUGGGGCAAGCUCUUCAAGGGCGGCAAGGACAAGAAAAAGAUUGAGAAGAAGGGCGUGUUUGGGAUUCCCCUCGAGAUUCUCGUCGAGCGAAGCGGAGCUGACUCGACGCUGGGAGCCUCGGCAACGCACCUUCGCGUGCCUUCGUUCAUCGAUGACAUCAUCUCGUCGAUGAAGCAGAUGGACGUCUCUAUCGAGGGCAUCUUCCGAAAGAAUGGCAACAUUCGAAGGCUCAAGGAGCUCUCCGAGGCUCUGGACCGCGAUAGCACCUCGGUCAACUUCCUCGAUGACAACCCAGUCCAGCUGGCGGCCCUGCUCAAGAAGUGGCUUCGAGAGCUGCCGGACCCGCUCCUGACGUUCAAGCUGCACAAGCUCUUUGUCAUGUCACAGAAACUCGAGCCGGAGUCGGAGCGGAUCCGGUGCCUUCAAAUGGUCUCUGUCCUGCUCCCCAAGGCGCAUCGAGACACGAUGGAGGUCCUCUUUGUCUUUCUCAAGUGGGUCGCCUCCUUUUCCCACAUUGACGAGGAGACGGGCAGCAAGAUGGACCUGCAGAAUCUGGCCACGGUGCUGGGCCCCAACAUUCUCUAUGCCAAGGGCGCCGACCCAGCCAAGGACGAGCUCUUCCUGGCCAACCGAGCCAUCCUGGCCAUUCUCGAGAACCAAGACGACUUUUGGACCGUGCCCGUGGAGCUCGAGGCGGUGCUCCAGGAUCGCGAGCUCCUCAACUCGUCGGCCGAGCUGACGUCGCGAGACAUUCUGAGGCGUUGCGAAAAGUAUGCCAAGCGCGUGCGAACGAUGGGCGCCACGCCUCGCUUCGUCCACCCCGGCGGCGGCAGCAGCGGCAAUCGACAUAUGCCCGAUGUGCACGGACCCGCGACGAUGCGCCAGGUGGACCACUACGCGCGAGGUCAAGGAGCGGGAGGAGGGCCAGGAGGAUACUCGCGGAGUCCCAUCGAGGGGAGCGGGAUGCCUUGGAUGCAGCAACCUCAGGGAGGUUCGCAGCACUAUGCCUACGGCAGCUCCCCCGAUCGCAACAACAGCAAUCACUUCUACGCGCAGCAGCAGCAGCAUCAGCAGCAUCAGCAGCAGGCUGUCGCCCGUGGCAGCAGCGGGCCUCCCUACGGCGCCGGCAGCCACGGCCACCCACCACCGAAUCGAUCUGGGUCUGGAACGCCUGGCCUCCCUCCUCCACCUCCUUCGAACAACGACGAGUACGCACAGCAGCACCGGAUGCUCGACCAACGAUCGACGUAG